CUAAUGAAUCCCUUCAAAACCUCUUUCCUUUCUCAUCUUAUCCUCCUCCUAAAAAUUGGUCAAAAUCUAUCCUUCCUCUAAUUUUUGCUUAUUCCUUCUUAUCAUCUUCUUCUGCCUAUAGAAUUCAAGUUUGUUCUGCCCAUAGUUUUUGACACCCUUUUCCAAGCUCUAGAAAUAUCUCCUGCAAACAAUCUUCAAGGCCACAUAUCCCUUAACCAUCAAUUGCCAUACCCAUCUCACGUAAACCAAACCUUCUUCCUUCCAGCAUUUGAUUUGGCACAAAGCUACUUGGAACUUGUUUGUUCAUAAUACAGCUAUAUUUAUGCCGUUAUGAAUGAUUGAGAUACAUCACAAAUGUCUCCAGUAAUCUGUGAGAUCCUCCGCUCUGGCUUUACCAUAAACUCCACCCUCAGACGCAGGACACACUUGGUGCAAUCUUUCUCAGUUGUUUUCCUCUACUGUAUUACAUACAUACAUAUAUAUAGCAUGGCUUCUCCUAGGGGAGCUUAUUCAUCAGGUUCAAGCUCUCUUCAAAACUCUCCCUCAGGUUCUGAGGGAGAUAUAAUGGAACAAAGGAAGAGAAAGAGAAUGUUAUCCAAUAGGGAAUCGGCACGUAGAUCAAGGAUGAGGAAACAGCAGCAUCUAGAAGGUCUUAGUGCACAAGUGGAUGAGCUGAAGAAGGAGAACACCCAAAUAAGCACAAGCAUAGGAAUCACCACACAGUUGUAUCUGAAGGUGGAGGGUGAGAAUGCAAUUCUCAGGGUUCAGAUGGCAGAACUCAGCAACAGGUUGCAGUCUCUCAACGAAAUCAUAAAUUUCAUAAACUCAAGCAACUACUUGCUCUUUGAUGAGGCACAAGAGACCCAAUUCAAUGAUUGUGCCUUCAUGGAUGCUUGGAACUCUCUGCCUAUCAAUCAACCAAUCAUGCCCCAAGCUGACAUGUUGAUGUAUUGAUUGAUCAAUUUUUAUUUGGAAUUAUUGCAGUGAUGGCUGAUUAAUUCGUGGUGCUGAUCGAUUGUAACACCCCUCCUGUUUGUCUCUAGUGUUUUUUGUUUUUGUUUUUGUUGUAAUUUCCAUUAUUUCCAUUUCUAUUGUAUCAGACAUAUUAUGGGUUGUGUGUAUUUUGAGAGGGGGAUUUAUUUUUUUUCUUCUCAAGACUGGAAAAAUCGAGGUUUUUAAUUUCUUUAAAUAUAUUAU